AUGGAAGAACAAAUUUUACCCGAGACCGACGUGGCUGAACUGGAGCUUGAGGCUGUGAUCGGCUUCAAUGGGCACGUUCCCAACGGUCUCAAAUGCCACCCUGACCAGGAGCACCUGAUCUAUCCUCUGGGCUGCACUGUCCUCAUCCAGGCAAUAAACACUAAUGAGCAGAAAUUCCUCCACGGCCAUGGUAACAACGUCUCCUGUGUGGCCAUCUCCAAGAAAGGAGAUUAUAUCGCCUCUGGACAAGUCACGUUCAUGGGGUUCAAGGCAGACAUCAUUCUGUGGGACUAUAAGAAGAGAGAGCUGAUUGCUCGGCUGUCCCUGCACAAGGGGAAAAUCGAAGCCCUGGCCUUUUCGCCCAAUGAUUUAUACUUGGUUUCACUUGGAGGCCCAGAUGAUGGAAGUGUGGUGGUUUGGAGCGUAGCCAAGAGAGAUGCCAUUUGCGGCAGCCCCGCGGCGGGCCUCAAUGUCGGCAAUGCCACCAACGUGGUCUUCUCUCGGUGCCUGGAUGAGAUGUUUGUCACUGCUGGAAAUGGGACAAUUCGAGUGUGGGAACUGGAUCUCCCGAACAGAAAAAUCUGGCCCACUGAGUGUCAGACAGGACAGAAGAAAAGAAUAGUCAUGAGUACUGGAAUGGCUGACGACGACAGCUUUUUCUACCUCGGCACUACAACUGGAGACAUUCUGAAAAUGAACCCCAGGACCAAACUGUUGGCAGACACUGGGCCUGUGAAGGACAAGUUCAGCUUGGGAGUGUCAGCCGUCAGGUGCCUGAAGAUGGGUGGUUUGCUGGUCGGCUCCGGAGCUGGCAUGCUCGUCUUCUGCAAAAGCCCCAGCUACAAACCCAUCAAGAAACUGCAGCUGCAAGGCGGUAUCACUUCUAUCACACUCCGGGGAGAGGGGCACCAGUUCUUUGUAGGGACAGAGGAAUCGCACAUCUAUCGUGUGAACUUCACUGACUUCAAAGAGACACUCAUUGCGACGUGUCACUUUGAAGCUGUCCAGGACAUUGUCUUUCCAUUUGGUACUGCUGAGCUAUUUGCUACAUGUGCCAAGAAAGACAUCAGGGUGUGGCACACAAUGUCCAACCGGGAGCUGCUUCGGAUCACCGUGCCCAACAUGACCUGCCAUGGCAUCGACUUCAUGAGAGACGGUCGGAGCAUCAUCUCAGCAUGGGAUGAUGGGAAGAUCCGAGCCUUUGCUCCAGAGACAGGUCGGCUGAUAUACGCCAUUAACAGUGCUCACAGGAUUGGAGUAACCGCCAUUGCUACCACCAGUGACUGCAAACGGAUCAUCAGUGGCGGAGGAGAAGGGGAGGUAAGGGUAUGGCAGAUAGGCUGCCAGACCCAGAAGUUGGAGGAGGCGCUGAAGGAGCACAAGUCUUCUGUGUCCUGUAUCAGGGUGAAGAAGAACAAUGAGGAGUGUGUCACUGCCAGCACCGAUGGGACAUGCAUCAUUUGGGACCUUGUGCGACUUAGGAGGAAUCAGAUGAUCCUGGCCAACACCCUAUUCCAGUGUGUUUGUUAUCACCCCGAGGAAUUCCAGAUCAUCACCAGUGGCACAGACAGGAAGAUUGCUUACUGGGAAGUAUUUGAUGGGUCAGUAAUCAGAGAGUUGGAAGGUUCCUUGUCUGGGUCGAUCAAUGGUAUGGACAUCACUCAGGAAGGAGGACACUUUGUGACAGGGGGACAUGACCAUCUGGUCAAAGUUUGGGAUUAUAAUGACGGUGAAGUGACUCACGUCGGGGUGGGACACAGUGGCAACAUCAUGGGCAUCCGGGUAAGUCCAGGAAACCAGUACAUCAUCAGUGUGAGUGCAGACGGAGCCAUCCUGAGAUGGAAGUACCCAUUUGCUUCAUGA